GGCGGUGCUGGGAGAUCAGACCGAUAGUGCACGGUUAAAUACAGAGACCGACAGAUCAAAGCGGCUCAGUCACAACAGAACAUCAUCAAGUGCAGCUUCUAGCGACUACUUGCCUGUCAGUACGCACGUUGCUAACAUGGCAAACGCAUACCUGCAGGGAGUUGAGAUCUCCGCUUCACAGUUCCUGGAUAUCUUUCAUCAUUAUGACAACGACGGUAAUGGAUAUAUCGAAGGAAAGGAGUUGCAGAACUUUAUUAAAGAACUUCAGCAAGCCCGGAAACAAGCGGGGCUGGAACUAACAGACCAGAUGAAGGCUUUUGUGGAGGAGUAUGAGAAGAACACCGAUGGGAAGAUAGGCAUUGUUGAUCUAGUUCAAAUAUUGCCAACAGAGGAGAACUUUUUACUAUUUUUCCGGCAGCAGUUGAGAUCCUGUACAGAAUUUAUGCAGGCCUGGAGAAAUUACGAUGCUGACCACAGUGGCUAUAUCGAGGCUGAUGAACUCAAGAACUUUUUAAAAGAUCUGCUUCAGAGAGCUAAGAAGCCAUAUGAUGAGAAGAAACUGGACGAGUACACAAUAACCACGCUGAAAAUAUUUGACUCCAACAACGACGGGAAGUUAUGUCUCGCUGAAAUGGCAAGACUGCUGCCAGAUCAAGAGAACUUCUUACUCAAGUUUCAGAUUUUGAUUUCUCUUUCGUCCCCACAGAAUGUGAAGAUGGACAGAAAAGAGUUCAACAAGAUUUUCGAGUUAUACGACAAGGACAGAAAUGGCUACAUGGAUGAAAAUGAGCUUGAUGCCUUGCUAAAAGACCUGUGUGAAAAAAAUAAAAGGGUGCUGGAAGUUAGCAAAAUCCCCACGUACAAGACAGCCAUCAUGGCCCUAUCCGACGGCGGCAAGCUGUACAGAGAGGAGCUGGCACUUGUCCUGUGCGCUGAAGAGGUCUGAGGCAGAGUCCCCUGCCCCCCCUACCCCCAACCAUACCUGUCCGGAGCAAGCCCCCCCUCUCAUCUGCAGACCCCCCAUCCUACCCUCUCCGUUCCAGGCCCCCCGCUGCCCCGCCCCCCCCUCUCCGUUCACUCGUGACGUGUGUGACGGUAGCUACAGCUCUAAGGUGUUUAUUUAUUUUUGUUGUCUUUUAUUUUUCAGGAAAACUGAUGUAAAUUUUACUGACGCAAAGUGUACUGUACGUAGAGAGGCAUCUGAUCAAAGACCGGUAGCAAAACUUUUCAACCUGUCGUUUCUAUACUGUUUGUACAGCUUUUGUAAUGAUAAGAUUGAUACAUUAAUCAAGGACCUACACCCUGCAUUUACCACCCUGUAAACUCCACAACAUGGGAUCAGGGCACCCUGCUGAACUUGCCUGCAACAAACCAACUACCAAGCAGAACAACGAUAACGAUUACAGUAUAACAAUGAUAACGUUCCUACUGUAGCCAAAGCAAUAACGCGUAUUUUAGGGAAUGAGCUCUGUUGAACGAACCUGUCAAGAACUAAAUCAGCUGGAAUUCUUUAAGAGAAGAUAAUUAUGUUUCUUUUGCAGUGCGUAUUGGUUGCUGCUGUUUAAAAAGUCGAUUAAGGUACUGGUGAAAACUACAGUAUAAGCACACGUCUAUGACACGCAUUUAUCCCCUCCGUCCCCUUUGCCCUGUUGGCUAAACCAUGUCAGAUCAAACUCUUUUGCACUGUAAAGAAUGACAUGCUCCUCUAUGCUAAACACCUGACACACUGUGUAAGAGGUCAUUAAACGAAAAGGACACACUACCUAGAGAAAAAAAAAAAAACAAACAGUGGUGUAUAGUUGUGUGUUUCUGUCUCCGUUCGACCUUACAAGUCCACAACUAAAUUAAAUGCCUUCUCUGAA